AUGCCUCCUCGUAGGAGGCCUCAGGCUUCUGCAGCCGGUGCGCGAUCGGCACAGGCGUUAGAGUCUACAGCAGGUUCUAAGGCAGGCUCUGCUGACCCGUUGAAAAGAAAGCGCUCCUCUCAGUCCAAGCUGCCGCCUAGUCUUGAGCAGCCAGCGCCGGACGGAAACGACCGGCAGGAAGAAGAGGAGCAUUUGCAUCCGACUUACCGUCACCGUGAUCCGUUUGAUGCGCUUCUCGAGCCUUUUUACUACAAUAAAUCCCUGACGGAUCCCAUUAACACUGCCAAGGAUAAAUGGAAUCUAUUACCGGCGUUCCUCAAGGUGAAAGGAUUGGUGAAGCAGCACAUUGACUCAUACAAUUAUCUGGUGGAAGUGCAAUUGAAGAAAAUCGUGGAAUCAAGCUCGACAAUCCGCAGCGACGUUGACCAUAACUUCUAUAUUAAAUUUACCGAUAUUUAUCUUGGAGCUCCCCGACGUGCAGAUGAACUGCAGGACGUCGGGGUUGCCUUUACCGGGUCAACCGUAUCUCCCCACGAAUGUCGACUUCGGGAUACAACUUAUGCGGCACCGAUCCAGGUUGACUUUGAAUAUCUGCGUGGCCGUCAAAGGGUGAAGAAAAUAGGUGUUUGCAUCGGGAGAAUGCCGGUCAUGCUUAGGAGUUCUAAAUGCCUUCUGUCCAACAAGACACCCGCGGAGAUGACGGUGCUAAAUGAAUGUCCCUUGGAUCCUGGUGGUUACUUCAUUGUCAACGGAACAGAAAAGGUCAUUCUUGUUCAGGAACAAUUGAGUAAGAACAGAAUUAUCGUCGAAACAGACCCGAAGAAGGAAAUUGUCCAGGCUUCUGUUACCAGUUCUUCCAACGAACGAAAGUCCAAGAGUUAUAUCGUCCUUAAGAAAGAGAAGCUCUAUGUGAAACAUAACGUGCUGAAUGAAGACAUCCCCAUCGUCAUUCUCCUAAAGGCCAUGGGCAUCCAUACUGACAAAGAAAUGCUGCUACUCGUCGCCGGUAUCGAUAAAGUAUACCAGGAAGACUUUGCAAUCAACUUCGAAGAAGCCAUUAAACUUGGUAUCCACACACAGCAGCAGGCUCUGGACUGGAUUGGUGCCCGGAUUAAGAUCAAUCGCAAGCAAUUGUCUUACCGUCGGACUCAUGUGCAAGAAGCUGUGGAGGCUAUUGCCUCUGUCAUUAUCUCUCAUAUCGAAGUUAAGAACAUGGACUUCCGGCCUAAGGCUGUAUAUGUUGCGCACAUGGCACGGCGUGUUCUGAUGGCUAAGAACGACCCCUCACUGGUAGAUGACCGUGACUACCUUGGGAACAAACGUUUGGAGUUAGCAGGCCAGCUCUUGGCUCUCCUCUUUGAAGAUCUGUUCAAGAAAUUUUGUUUCGACAUCAAGAUGAAUGUCGACAAAGUCUUAAACAAACGUAACCGAGCAGAGGCUUUCGAUGCUUGGAGCGUCAUGAGCAUGCAUAGCAAUCAUAUCACUCAGGGUAUGAAUCGUGCCAUUUCCACGGGCAACUGGAGUCUGAAGCGUUUCCGUAUGGAACGUGCUGGUGUUACUCAUGUGCUCAGUCGACUGAGUUACAUUGCGGCACUGGGCAUGAUGACGCGUAUCAGCAGUCAGUUUGAAAAGACCAGAAAGGUCAGCGGUCCAAGAGCCUUACAGCCAUCGCAAUUCGGUAUGCUCUGUCCAGCGGAUACCCCCGAAGGUGAAGCGUGCGGUCUCGUGAAGAACCUUGCACUUAUGACCCAUAUCACUACGAACGAUGAAGAGGGCCCGGUACGGAAUUUGAUCUUCAUGUUGGGAGCAGAAGACAUCCAGACAGUCGGUGGAAAGGAGCUUUAUGGCCCUGGUUGUUAUACAAUUUCCAUCAAUGGAACACCGACAGCCCUCACUCGCCGCCCUAAGUUCUUCCUGAAUUCUUUCCGACGAUUGCGUCGAAUGGGACGGAUUUCAGAGUUUGUCAGCAUCUAUAUAAACCAUCACCAGCGUGCCGUCCAUGUUGCCACCGACGAUGGGCGAAUUUGCAGGCCACUUAUUGUCGUCGAGAACGGAAAGUCUCGUGUGAAUGCGCACCACUUAAGUAAAUUACGCGAGGGGACAAUGGAAUUCGAUGACUUUCUGGCGCAGGGGCUUGUGGAGUAUCUUGAUGUCAACGAGGAAAACGACUCACUCAUUGCCAUCUACGAAAAGGAUAUUAGCGAAACGACAACUCAUUUGGAGAUUGAACCGUUCACCGUCCUUGGAGCCGUUGCCGGUCUGAUUCCGUACCCCCACCACAACCAGUCACCACGAAAUACCUACCAAUGCGCUAUGGGUAAACAAGCCAUUGGCGCAAUUGCAUCGAACCAGUUCCUUCGCAUUGAUUCUAUUCUUUACCUCAUGGUGUAUCCGCAGAAGCCUAUGGUCAAAUCCCGCACGAUCGAACUGGUCAAGUAUGACCAACUCCCUGCCGGUCAGAACGCAGUCGUUGCAGUCAUGAGUUACUCGGGCUACGAUAUUGAGGACGCACUUGUGUUGAACAAGGGCUCCGUUGACCGUGGUUUCGGGCGGUGCCAAGUGUUCCGGAAGCAAGUCACGAAUCUGAAGAGCUAUUCCAACGGUACCAAAGACAGGCUGAGUCCACCACAGUACGAGAAUGAUGCUCCUAUCCGGAAGCAUGCUCUACUUGAAAGUGAUGGGUUAGCCGCAGUAGGCGAGCAAGUGAACGCUGGUGAAGUGUACAUCAACAAGGCUACCCCCGACCAAUCCCAUAGCUCUGGCAUCACCGGCUCCGAUGCUGGCCGGCCAAUCCAGUACAUGCCCACGCCCAUGACUUACAAGCUUCCCGACCCCUCGUACAUUGAUCAGGUCUUGGUCUCUGUGACGGAAAAUGAGAACCAGCUUGUCAAGGUGCUCACCCGUCAAACGCGCCGACCCGAAGUCGGCGAUAAGUUCUCCUCCCGUCACGGACAGAAGGGAGUAGUGGGUAUCAUUGCCGACCAGGCCGACAUGCCGUUUACCGACCAAGGCAUCAAUCCGGACAUCAUCAUGAACCCGCAUGGUUUCCCUUCCCGAAUGACGGUCGGGAAAAUGCUUGAACUGGUCGCUGGAAAAGCGGGUGUUCUCUCUGGUCAACACGGUUAUGGAACCUGCUUCGGCGGUAGUCCCGUGGAGGAAAUGUCCCAGAUCCUUAUCGACAAGGGUUUCAGCUAUGGUGGCAAAGACUACCUCACCUCCGGUAUCACCGGGGAAGCUCUGCCAUUCUACGUGUUCACCGGCCCCAUCUACUACCAGAAACUGAAGCACAUGGUGCAGGACAAGAUGCAUUCCCGUGCCCGCGGGCCGCGUGCCAUCCUCACCCGACAGCCCACCGAAGGUCGUUCCCGCGACGGCGGUCUGCGUUUGGGGGAGAUGGAACGUGAUUGUCUGAUCGCCUACGGAACGAGCCAGCUCCUGCUCGAGCGACUUAUGAUCUCGUCGGACCGGCAUGAGAUCGACGUGUGCGAACAGUGCGGAUUCAUGGGCUAUCUGAAUUGGUGCCAGCGGUGCAAGUCUUCGCGCAGCGUGGUCAAAAUGGCGAUCCCGUACGCGGCCAAGCUGCUAAUUCAGGAAUUGAUGAGUAUGAACGUUACGGCUCGGUUGAAGCUGGAAGACGAGUUCCCCGAGACGAAAGGGAAAUAA